AUGAGCUAUUACUGCGGAAACUACUGUGGUGGUCUGGGCUACGGCCUUGGUGGCCUGGGCUGUGGCUAUGGCUGUGGCUAUGGUUCCUUUCGAGGUCUGGGCUGUGGCUAUGGAUCUGGCUACGGUGGCUACGGCUCUGGCUAUGGUGGCUACGGAUACAGCUGCUACCGCCCCUGCUACUAUGGAAGAUAUUGGUCUUCUGGCUUCUACUGAGAAACCUUGCAAGCAACUGAGGACUCUCUGCUAAUGUUCCUCUCGUUGAUUCUACCUUCUGGACACUUCUUUCCAUCAUUGUCUCUCAGCUGUAAUAAUGACCAGCCAAUCCUAUGUUACUGUGGCAGAUCUUUUAAUUUCAGGACACCAGGGCUGACUUUAUAAAA